AUGGCACCGUCUCUGCGCCCGAGACCACUUCCCCGUGCGCUGUUCUUCUCCCUCAUACCCGUAGCGCUUUGGCUGCUCUUCCGACCGCUCCUGGACCCCGUCCCUCCACUGCCUGCACUUCACGCCUCACUCGGUUUCUCCAUCUUUGCUCUCCUCGGCACGUUAUAUCUUGUACCUGCGCUUGGGAGCACGUUCGUCUGUGCCGGCCUUAAAGGGCGGGACCUACUGAAAGUAUCUGAUGAUCCUAUCCCAGAGAGUCUCGGGCUCGUCUGCGCAUCUCUUUAUAUUCUUCUUCUCAUCCUAUUCACUCCCUUUGCAUUCUCCGAUGUCUUCACUCAUCACAUAGAAGAGUCUGUACGGAAACCACGCGAAGGUCUUGUUGUGAGUGAAUUCCCGCAUUAUCAGUUAUCAGUGUAUCUCUCAUCGUUGCUGUCCCUCUUGAUAGCCACAAUGCUGGGAUUCUUAGAUGAUGUCUUCGAUAUCCGCUGGAGGCAUAAGCUCCCAAUACCGAUCAUUGCGUCCAUACCCUUGCUCAUGGUAUAUUAUUCCGAACGCGGCAACACCGAUGUUGUUGUGCCUAUUCCGCUUCGCUGGCUAUUUGGCUCGCUGCUAAACCUUGGUCCACUCUACUACGUGUACAUGUCCCUCUUGUCGACUUUCUGCACAAACAGCAUCAAUAUCCUUGCUGGGAUCAACGGCUCGGAGGUCAGCCAAGCGCUCGUGAUUGCGCUUUCGGUCAUCCUGAACGAUCUGCUUUACCUUCCGUGGCCUAUUGGCUUUCGCAUUGCGCUGCCGCUCCAUCUUUUGGGCCGCCCGGCCGAGGUUGAUGUCGGCGGAGUGUGGCAUGCAGGUAUGGCGUACGGCAGCAGGGUUCUCGUCGAACGCCACCUAUUCAGUCUAUACUUCAUGCUGCCGCUCGUUGGCGUAUGUGCUGGUUUCAUGUAUCACAACAGGUAUCCGGCACGCGUCUUCCCAGGAGAUACUUUAUGUUACGUGACGGGUAUGGCAUUCGCUGUGGUCGGCAUUCAGGCGCAUUUCUCCAAGACACUCCUUCUCUUCUUCCUGCCCCAGAUCUUCAACUUUGUCCUUUCAUGUCCACAACUCUUCGGGCUCGUACCGUGCCCGAGGCACCGUGUCCCGAGAUUUGAGGCGGAGACGGCUUUAUUGCAUCCGUCAAGGGCGGAGUUCAAAGAUCGCCUACCGUCGCACCUUGCUACCAUUGUGUUGCGGAUAUUCUCGUGGUUUGGAUUUGUGGAGUUGGCGGAAGACCCGCACACGAAGACGAUCAUGUCCACCACGAACCUUACCAUCCUGAACGUGUUUCUGCUCCGUUUCGGGCCGAUGAGGGAAGAUAGCCUCGUCCGAGUGUUGAUCUGCUCGCAGGUCGCGGGCAGUAUGCUUGCAUUUGUCGUGCGCUAUGGGCUCGCGGGACUGCUAUACGAUGGCAAUCGUCGAUAA